AUGUGGCCAGAAGAUUGUCUAAAGGCCAAAUGCGAUAUGGUAUAUCAUAACAAAUGUCCAGAGGACUCUCGAUUAGUUGUACCGCUUCCUCCACCUGGCGAGUGUUGUUCACCGCCUGGCCAAUGUCAGUGUGAUAUGCAGAAAUGUUACCCAUGGAUACCGACUUGCGCUGGCGGAUUAGAACGAGUUCUUGUUAAAGAAGGAAUAUCAGAACCUGGCCAUUGUUGUGAUGAGUUCAAAUGUGAAAGACGAGAGCUUCACUGCGAAAAUGUCAAGUGUAAAAAGGACAAUGUAUUCGAUAAUGAGGAAUGUCCACCUGAUAGCGUGAAAGCUGCCAGUUACGUUCCAGCGGGAAAUUGCUGUCCCGUUUAUCCAGGAUGUCGGUGUCGUGCAUCAAUAUGCUUACCAGCUCGUUGUCCUCAAGGCGAACGGAUAAAAAUAUUGCGGAAAGGAGAUGGAACUCCUGGUCGAUGCUGCGACCUUAUUGCUUGUGAAUCAGAUGGUAAAAUAUCAGAAAAUGAAGUAAAACGAUGCCCAUAUGGUGAUGAAUUUUAUGAUGAUGGCCAAUUGUGGCAUUCAAGCAGUUGCGAUAUAUGUAAAUCUCACUGCACCUGGGUUGGGAUACCUGAGAAUGAAUGUUGCCCAGUAUGUUUGGGAUGUCAGACAGAUGGCGAGAAGCGUAAGAAAAAUGAAACAUGGCAGAAAGAUGAUUGUACGAGUUGUACUUGCGGUUCUGAUGGAACACAGUAUUGUCAGAAGCAUAUGUGUCAAGUUGAGUGUGAUCGGCCUAGGAAAAUCCCAGGACAGUGUUGUCCUGUGUGUGACGAACCAACAAUAAUAAUAAACCCUGCGAUAUGCCCAUCACUAGAAUACUGUCCAUUACGUUGUGAGAAUGGAUUGAUUCGAGAUUCACACGGAUGUUUUCAGUGCAUGUGUGCGCCAGUUGAAAAGCCUGUUAAUAUAAUUUGCCCUCCACUAAGUGAAGGAAAUUGUGAUAAAAUUUGUGCCCAUGGCUAUUUGCACAAUGAGAAAGGAUGUACGAUUUGUAAAUGCGCAAAAUGUCCACCGUUACAUCAGUGCUAUAAGCAUUGUUUGUAUGGAUUCGAAAAUAACAAUUACGGGUGUCCAGUCUGUAAAUGUCGAGCGAUGAGUCGUAUUGACGCGACAUUAUUAUCACUAUCGAGCGAAAAAAAAGGAUGGGACAAGUGUUUUUCACUUAGCACACGAACAGGUCGACUUAUUGAAAGGGACAGUGGUGAAUGGUGGAAUGAUGGAUGUCGGCACUGUUUUUGUGAACAAAAACAUGAAUUCUGUUCACUGAUUUCUUGUCCUCAACGUGAUCCUUCUUGCCCCAUCGAUAAAUGGAAAAAAAGAGAAGGCAAGUUGAAAUUAUGCUUCGAUGAAGGAAUUUUUUGCUGGAAACAAGAUUCGUUGAGAGCUUGUUGUGCAUCAUGCGAGACUUCGUCUUUACCAACAAAGUUUGAACACACAGUAUGUCAGAGCGCUGGUCGCUUUUUUGUUGACGGAGAAACUUGGCAGUUGGCUUCAUGUAUAUCGUGUACAUGUAGAGUUGGUAAUAUAUUGUGCAGAGUUGUCGAAUGUCCUCCAAUUGCAUGUCUCGAACCUGUUUUCGAUCCCAGUAAUCAGUGUUGUCCGAAAUGUCCAGUAUUAAAUUAUGCAAAAGAAAGUUCAGGAAGUGUUAGUACCGUUUGCACAGACAGUAAUCAUAUUGUGCAUGCGGAAAAUACCAGUUGGAGAAUAAAUGAAUGCACUUCUUGCAGAUGCAUCUUCAAUAAAGGAGAACCAAAAAUCGAGUGUUUCGAGGAAAAGUGCGCAACACAAGAAAAUUGUCUUGGUCUACCGUUGAUGAUCAAAGGACGAUGUUGUCCAGUUUGCUCAGAUACAUUGUCGUCUACUCCAAUAUGCAAAUAUAAGAAAAAUGCAUAUAGCCUGAAUGAAGAAUGGCACGAUGGACCAUGUCGUAAUUGCACUUGUCAGAAUGGUGGUAGAACGAUUUGUAGAGAACAUCAGUGUGCAUUCUGCAAUGAUCCUGUGCAUGUGCAGGAUCAAUGUUGUCCGAUAUGUAAAGAUGAUGCAUGGCGACAAUUCGAAAGAAGUCGGCCACAUUCGGUAUUGCUUGAGAACGGUAAUGGUAUAACGACAACGAAUACACUUUUAUAUGGGCUAUGUUUGGCUUCCUUUUUAUUGCUUGCUGUUGCAGCAAUGGUAGUCGCCUACAAAAUAAUCAAAUGGAGUAAACAAAAUGAUCAAAAGAAAUCGCCAAUACGAUUCAACAAUUCAGCAGUGUUAUUGUCAUCUUCAAGACCAAUUGGUUCAACGUCCAGAUUAUAUGAAGGACUUUCUAAUCGGCAGAACAGCAUAGAUGGACAAUGUGACUCACUCAUAUCGACAGUAUCGGAUUCAAGCUCAGCAGCAUCAUCAAAUGGUAGUUCAGGUCACGGGCCACAUUUUGAUACAUUACCGCUUACAGCCAAAAAAACAGUUGGUCGAACAAAAUCCGUUGACUAUGGUGUUGGACCUCGAAGAGGUUUUGGAUCUUUCAAAGCAAAUACGUUAAACAAAAUAGGCGAUAAGCACGGGUCAUGCAAUGUAUAA